UUGCACGAUCGAUGAGGCUAAGUGGAUUUUUGUCGUUGAUACGUACGUUGCCAAUCUUGGCACAAUCGAAUUACAGGGCCUUUACAUCAUACUGUAAUAUAAACCCUGAUCUGGGUGUUUACUACAAAAACAAAACAAUUAAUGAAUUAAUCAGAUCCAGGCGUCUCGACGAUGCCCAGAACCUUUUCGAUCAAAUGUCUAUAAGAGGUAGCAUUACAUAUAAUUUGCUAAUUACUGGGCACGGUCGAUAUGGGAAUCCAAAGCAAGCACUGUAUAUUUAUAAGGAAAUGGUUUCACAGGAAAUCCAAGAAACUGGUCCUACAUUUUCGUCUGUGAUUACUGUUUGUGCGAAUGAGGGGUUUUAUAGAGAAGGUAUUCAAGUUCAUUGCAGGGUGAUUUCACUUGGGUUUGGAUUGAAUUUGUUUAUUGGGAGCUCACUUGUUAACCUAUAUCUUCAUAUGGGACUUGUUGAUGUCGCUUGGAAGUUGUUCGAUCAAUUGCCUGAACGGAAUUUAGCCGUAUGGAAUUUGCUGUUAAACGGGUUUUUGGAGCUUGGUAAAAUAGAGGAAUUAUUUGGGUUGCACGACCAAAUGAAAUGGGAGGGUGUCAAUCCAAAUGGACUUAGUUUUUGUUAUUUAAUUCGUGCUUGCUGUAAUGCGAGGUUUCUGGACGAAGGAAUGCAGCUGCAUUGUCAUGUGAUUAAAGCUGGAUGGGUGGAAUGCAAUGUUUUUGUUGCCAAUGCUUUGGUGGACUUUUAUUCUGCUUGUGGGAAUUUCAUUGAUGCUAGGAAAGCGUUUUUGUUAAUUCCUGUUGAAGAUGUGAUAUCAUGGAAUUCCAUCAUUUCUGUAUAUGCGGAGAAUGAUUUGUUGUAUGAUGCUAUUGAAUUACUUAGUAGGAUGCAUUUCUGGGAUAAAAAACCUUCAAUUCGUUCCAUUGUGGGGCUCUUGAAUUUAUCCAGUAGAAGAGAGGAUAUUCUGUUAGGGAGGCAAAUUCACUGUUUUAUAACAAAAGUAGGGUUUGAUUUAGGGAGUGUUCAUAUUCAGUCAGCGUUAAUUGAUAUGUAUGGAAAAUGUGGUGAAAUUGAAAGCUCUCUGUCUGUAUAUGAGAGGGCAUGUAAGAGAACUUUGGAGUGUUGUAACUCAUUAAUAACCUCCUUUUUGCACUGUGGUAUCACUGGUGACGUGUUUGAGAUUUUUGUUUUGAUGAUUGAUGAAGGAAUUAGGAUUGAUGAGGUUACUCUUUCUACGACACUAAAAGCAUUAUCACUGUCUACUUGGGCUAGUUUGGACAGCUGCAGACUGUUGCACUGCUGUGCUAUAAAAUCCGGUUAUGAAUCUGAUGUCGCAGUUUCAUGUUCUCUUAUUGAUUUGUAUUCAGGAUGUGGGCAUUUUGAGCUCUCCCGCAAGGUUUUUGAAACCCUUCCUCUACCAAACAUCUUCUGCUUUGCAUCUAUAAUCAAUGGAUAUGCCCGAAAUGGUAUGGGCAAUGAAAGUGUCAGCCUGUUGGAAGCAAUGAUCCACAAAGGCCUAGUACCUGAUAAGGUGACAUUCUUAUGUGUUCUAAAUGGUUGCAACCAAGCAGGAUUACUUGAAGAAGGAAAGUUUGUGUUUAACUUGAUGAAAUCUUAUGGCAUUUGCCCAGAACGACAACAUUUUUCGUGUAUGGUAGAUCUUUUAGGCCGUGCAGGUCUAGUGUAUGAAGCUGAGGAGUUGCUGCAACAGUCACCAGGAGGGGGUGAUUCUGUAAUGUGGAGCUCAUUGCUGCGAAGUUGUAGGGUCCACAAGAAUGAAAUAGUGGGUAAAAGAGCAGCAAAAGUCUUGAUGGAGCUUGGUCAGGAUAGUUUUGCCAUUUAUUUGCAAGUGUCAAAUUUUUAUUCUGAAGUUGGGGAAUUUAAAGCCUCAUUACAAAUCAGAGAACUUGCCAUGGCUAGAAAGGUGAUGAGGGAGAUUGGUCACAGUUCAAUUGAGGUGAAGACUUACAGUUAACAUACUUUUCUUAUACUGCUAAAAUUUACCUCGCAUUGUCAUCCAGCUGAGAACUUUGGAACAACGCUUGCUAGUCUGUUCCAGCAUUAUUUCCAUGAAAGUAAAACCUGUUUGUGAAAUCUUCAUCUUCUACUUAAAUCUUCUAAAGAUCUGUUGCUUUAGCUUGAAGCCUUGGCUUGUAACUGGAAAAGGACCCCUUUCCCUCCGGAUUCGCUAAUUCAAGUUUCUUUUUAAGGUACUGAUUGCCCCACAGAAUAUCCAUGCAUGCAUGCAUGGUGUUUUUUUUUUUUUUUUUCAUUUCUCAAUUUAUAAAAUAUGGUUCACUAAAUAAUAUAAAAUAAUACACUUUGUUGAUUCAUUUAUCCACUUCCCUGAGAAAUAUAGUGAGAGGGAUUUUACAUAAUCCAUUAACAUUUUGAUUGGUGAAAUGUUGCCUACUGGUUGAAGAGUAAAGCAAACAAUUAAAAAUAAAUUUACCCUUGUACUUCAAGUGUGGGCAUGUAGAAAAUGUAGCACCUUCAUCUACUUUUAAGCCAAGCCAUAUAGCCCACAAAGCUGCUCUUUUCCAAAACUAAUCUGCAUAUAUAAAUUAAACCAGUGCCUUAUUGGAUUUAUGCAACUCAAUCAAUCUUCCAAAUAGACAAAAAAGAACAAAUCAUGGAUAAAUUAUUCCUAGUUUCCUUCCUCGGUUUGCUGAUCACACAUGCAGUUGGCGGAAACAUGUUAUACGACAAAUUCAACAUACUUGGAGAGCUUGAAGACCUCGACAUAGCUGAAGAAGAUAUGGAACUCUUUGAGGGCCCAUCUUGGAUAAGUGAACGCGGUGGCAAGGUUCUUGUAAAUGUGGAUAGCUUUGGUGCGGUUGGGGAUGGAGUUUCUGAUGACACUGAGGCAUUUAGAAAAGCAUGGAACACAUCGUGCUCUACUUCAAAAUCAGUUCUCUUGGUUCCUCCUGGACGCCGAUAUUUAGUUAAUGCUACGAGGUUUAAGGGGCCAUGUGAAGAGAGGUUGGUUGUUCAGAUUGAUGGAACAAUAGUAGCACCGGAUGAACCUAAUGACUGGGACGCAAAUCUUCCACGAAACUGGCUUGUUUUUUCUAAGCUGGAGGGAGUAGUUUUCCAAGGAAAUGGAGUUAUUGAUGGCUCUGGCAGCAAAUGGUGGGCAUCUUCUUGCAAAAAGAACAAGUCAAAUCCGUGCAGAGGGGCACCAACAGCACUGACUAUUGAUUCAAGCUCAUCUAUUAAGGUAAAGGGUCUUACCAUUCAGAACAGCCAACAGAUGAAUUUCGUCAUUUCCAGGUGUGAAUCUGUUCGAGUAUCUGAAGUUCAAGUCUCCUGCCCAGGAGACAGUCCGAACACUGAUGGGAUCCACAUCACUGGGUCAACUAACGUCGUUCUUCAAGACAGCAAAAUAGGGACAGGAGAUGAUUGCAUCUCAAUUGUUAAUGCUUCAUCUGGUAUCAAGAUGAAGAGAAUAUAUUGUGGACCAGGACAUGGAGUAAGCAUUGGGAGCCUUGGGAAGGAUAACUCAACUGCCGUUGUCACAAAGGUGGUCUUGGAUACAGCACUCCUCAGGGAGACUACAAAUGGUGUCAGGAUUAAAACUUGGCAGGGUGGUUCCGGUUAUGUCCGUGGGGUGCGUUUUGAAAAUGUAAGGAUGGAAGAUGUUGCCAACCCCAUCAUUAUCGAUCAGUUCUACUGUGAUUCGCCGAAAACCUGCCAAAACCAGACAUCAGCGGUGCAAAUAAGCCAGAUUAUGUACAGAAACAUUAGCGGGACAACAAAAAGCAAGGAAGCAAUGAAGUUCGCCUGCAGUGAUACGACUCCCUGUAGCAAUAUAGUCCUCAGCAAUAUAAACUUAGAGAAGAAGGAUGGCACCGCAGAGACCUACUGCAACUCUGCUCAAGGCUUUGGCUACGGGAUCGUUCAUCCGUCAGCGGACUGUCUAAGUUCCAAUGACAAAGGCUAUAUUCUCAUUGAUCAUAAAGAAAAUUCUGAGCUUGCUGAACCGAGCAGAGAUCAUAUUGUUCACACCGAACUCUAAGCAACCCGUAAGGCAUAUCAAUAACACUGUUAUAGUAUAUCACUAUACAAGUAACUUAAAUAGAGCAGCAAGAGGCCCGAUAGAAGGUUUGAGGCACAUGUUAAAAUUUUUAUGGGAAAUUGCGGAUGUAAUUGAUGUUGUGCUCAAAUUGCAUUGAAAUUAAUCCACACAUUAGCAAGGAUAUGUAAAAUGCGGCUUGUAUACAUUGCAGAAGAAACUCAAUUUAAUAAAAUUAUGUACUGAAGUUUUAGUUUUA